AUGUCUUCUGAUUCAACUCUCUUUCCAGAGUCAUGCUGCACUGAUAAGAACCAAUCAAUACAGAACAAUUCAUCUCCUGUGCCAGAAGUUAACACUAUGGUGUCUGUACAGAUGGGUACAAAGGCUCUGCUCUGCUGCCCUUCAAUUCCACCAAAAAAAGCACUAUUAAUAACAUGGACGAUAAUACCCAGAGGCCAGCCUUCCUGCAUAAUAUCCUACAAAGUAGACAUAAUGGAGACCAAUGAAACCAACUGCUUGGGCAGGAACAUCACCUGGGUCUUCACACCUGACCUCAGUCCUGACCUUCAGAUCAGUGCAGUGGCCCUCCAGCAUGAGGGGAAUUACUCAUGUGAGAUAGCAACACCUGAAGGAAAUUUCCAAAAAGCCUAUGACCUCCAAGUGCUGGUGCCCCCUGAGGUAACCUACUUUCCAGGGAAAAAUAGAACUGCAGUUUGUGAGGCAGUUGCAGGCAAGCCUGCUGCGCAGAUCUCUUGGACUCCAGAUGGGGAUUGUGUCACUCAGGAUGAAUCACACAGCAAUGGCACAGUGACAGUCAGGAGCACGUGCCACUGGGAGCAGAACAAUGUGUCUGCUGUGUCCUGCUUUGUCUCUCAUUUGACUGUUAACCAGACUCUGUCCAUAGAUCUGAGUAGAGGUGGUAACCAAUUAUUACAACCAUAUAUUUUGUACAUCAGACCAUCUAUUAUCAUUUUGAUUAUCAUAGGAUGCAUUUGUCUUUUGAAAACCAGUGGCUUGAGAAAAUGUAAAUUGCCAAAGUUGGAAGCUACUCCAGCUGUUGAGGAGGGUACUGGGAGCCCAGCAGCGGUGGCAGCCACUGUGGUGGUAUUGGGAACGCUCCCUGCAUGGGGUACUGGGAGCGCUCCCUGCGCAGGGUACUGGGAGCUCAGCAGCGGUGGCAGCAGGAGCCGCUCCACCUGGCAGCCGGGGUCCCAGCGGCUGCUCCACGUGGCCGUGUACCCUGUCUGCCCCGGGGGUGAGGAGCCGGUCGGCAGACGCAAACUGCCGUGCUCCCGGGGCUCGGCACCAAAAUGA